ACGAAGGAGCAAAUUGCACUCAUACGUUUUAUUACGUCUCUAUCCCAUCAAGGUAAAUUGAACAGCCAGGACACGUACAAUAACUUCACAAACAACAACCCUGGGAACCCUCGACUGCUGCCGCUCCCCAGUCUGACCGUGGUGUUGCCUCUGGCUCAAAUCAAGCAGCCAAUGACGUUAGGGACCAUCACCAAACGCACAGGACCUUACCUGUUUGGAGCAGGAUGUUUUUCCAUAAAAGCUCCAUGCAAAACCAAACCGGCUCCACAAAUUUCACCCAGUAAGUCUGUGGGAGGAGAGUUUUGUGUCGCUGCAGUCUUUGGAUCAUCGAGAUCGUGGUUUGCAAACAAUGCUGGGCUGAAAAGAGAAAAAGAUCAAUCAAAACAGUUUGUGGUGGAGUCACUGUAUAUCAUCAGCUGCUACGGUAGCCUCGUGGAGCACGUGUUGGAACCACGUCCGCUCAGCACUGCUCCCAAGAUCAGUGAUGACACCCCUCUGGAAAUGAUGACGUGCCCGAGAGCCAGCUGGACUUUGGUUAGAACUCCUCAGUGGAAUGAGCUCCAACCACCAUUUAAUGCAAACCAUCCACUGCUGCUGGCUGCUGAUGCAGUACAGUACUACCAGUAUCUUCUUGCUGGCUUGGUUCCACCAGGGAGCCCUGGGCCUAUCACUCGACAUGAGUCCUAUGACAGCUUGGCAUCCGACCACAGCGGGCAGGAGGAUGAGGAGUGGCUGUCACAGGUUGAGAUAGUGACUCACACUGGGCCCCACCGGCGCCUCUGGAUGGGCCCUCAGUUCCAGUUUAAAACCAUCCACCCCUCAGGCCAAACCACUGUCAUCUCAUCCAGCUCCUCAGUGCUGCAGUCACACGGUCCCAGCGACACCCCGCAGCCGCUUCUGGACUUCGAUACAGAUGAUCUCGAUCUCAACAGUCUCAGGAUUCAGCCGGUUCGUUCGGAACCUGUUAGCAUGCCUGGCUCAUCGCGUCCCGUUUCUGAUCGCAGAGGAGUUUCAACAGUGAUUGAUGCAACUUCAGCGCUGGAAACAAUGAACCACGUUCGGACCAUACUUCUGUGCUGAGCAGCCUUUGCUAUAGAAUAGAUGGGGCCUUAAUGUGAAAUGGCUCAUAUGAAUGUGAUGAAGCUCCGCUGGUAAUGCCUUUAACAUGUGUGUCCAUAUUAAAAUUGCCAAAGUCAAUUUUAUACAUUGUUAUGACACUAAAAAUAUAUUUACUGUACAGCAGUGACUCCAUUUUAUUAUAACACCUCAUAAGUUUCUUAUAAACAAUACAUGGGUUUUGUUAGAGACAUGCUGAUAGCAGUAUUUAUUUAGCUUCACUGCUAGGCUGUUCGAGUUUGAAUUGAUUUUUGAUUCAGGGACUUUAACAUCUAUUUGCAGUUUUCAUAUUGCCUGGUCCUUAGUUCCUUCCCAUGCAGAAAGUAUUUGUCCAAACGUAGGGUGGAUGUGUGUGUGUGUGUGUGAAAUGGUGUAGGAGUUCUACAGGGUCAAGGAGACAUGAGAAAAAAUGUGUGCAGUUUUUUUGAAAUCUUGUACUACCCUUGUAAUAGAUGUUGGGCAGCAGGAAGAGGAGCAGUACUUACUUUCUUCCUAUCUUGGAGGCGUGUGGAGAAUUGCAUUAAGCUCAGCUCUGCAUGUGAAGGCUUUAUUUCAAAAGUUAAUGUGCAACAUUGCAUUAUUUUAAUACUGUAUUCCACUACUGUAAAUAUUCUCACUUCCUGCUAUUGCUGAGGCAUACUGUAAGUGGGUUGUGUUCUUUGUGGAAAAUGAAUUUAUUGGAAAAUACGUAUUUAGGUUUGAAGCAUUUUUUUUUUUAAGUAGGUCAUAAAUUUUUACAGGCUAAGCUGAACCAGGAAGUGAUCCUUCAGCUCUGCCCCAUGCAUGCGAGUCUGGUGCACUUUAUAAAGAUGUUUAUCUGGUGUUGCUUAGAGACACAACCAGCGUGGCGCCUCUCCUUAUCUGACUCCAUCUCUUGUUCUUCCUAUCAAAAGAUUUUAAGUACGUGUUUAUCAUCUUUACUUUAAUUUUUCCGUCAUUCUUUUUAGUUUCCUUCUGUCUCUCCAUUGGUGAGAACUUUGUCAUUGCAGCUAAUAAGACAUUUGUGCAGUUUUUUUAAUUGUGAUUUGUGCAAUCUGUGUACAGUGAUGGUGUACUAAUGGCAACUUUCUCUCACAAAGACAUUUGAGAAAAAUACUCAUUUGAACAGAGCAAAACUUAAUUAUGAGAAUACUUUCAAGGUGGAUAUCAGUAUCUGUAAAGACAGUGGAUACAUACAAAAAAAAAGUAGAGGUCAGUUAUCUCAGUUUCACUUAAAAUUUUUCUAAGCUAUUGUUCUCUGUGGUUUUUUUUUCUUUAUAUUUAAUCAGUAGGAGAAGUUUGUAAAAAUGCAGUCACCUGAAGCUGCUGGACAUGCAUCCUCAGCACACACAUAUUGGAUGCAUCACAGAGAGAAUAUACCCUCAGGGAUUAAGUGCACUGUAAUUCCAGAUGCUGUUCCAGAGUCACAGUUUAAUGUUGAAGGGACAAAACUGAGUUUAAAGAUUUGUAACACAGGAAGUUUAUAAUAUGGACUGAAGGGAAGACUUGUACUCAUGGCAGAAGCACACUGUGUAUGGGAGAGGCGUGCAGUAAGUCAGGUUACAUUCAAGACUUUUUUGGACAGCGGUGGAAAAGAAAACUGGUAAGUGUCCAUCUGCAGGAGAUGCUGCAGCUGGACAUCAAAUAGUUCAUACAUCUAAACCAACAAUCUCUGAGACAGAGAUCUGUAGGGCAACAAGAGGUGUCUACCACAGAAUGAUCUGGCUCUAUUUCAAACUAUUCUGGAGGCAUGACUUUAAAACUUUACAUUAACUAUAGACGUUGAUUGCUGAUCCUUUCUUUGGUGUGACUUGAAUUAGAUAGAAUUUUUGGAUAGCUGAGGUAUCCACAAAAUUACUGGAACUAAUCUAGGAAGCAGCAGCAUCGCCUAGAUAGGCAGCUGAAUAUCUCCAGUGAUGAAUGGGUACUUCUCAGAAGCUUCAUACUCUAACCUGUAGCUGAGUAAUUAUGUGUUACUCACCUGAAAAAUCACAACUUACAGAACUCUGUUACAAAUAGAUAAUGGGGGAAUUAAAGGGGUGCAGGAAGGCUGGAGCAUCUGCAUGGAACAGCAAGUCUGAACUGGCAGAAAUAGAAAAGCUCUAGAGCAAGGAUGUUGCAACUGUUCCUGAUCACACAACGUUUGGUCACAAAGCUGCACUGAGUCUGUAUGGGCAGACAUUUCCUUUAAGCUGCAAAAAAUGUGUUGCUGAAGGGCGUGGGUAUUCAGGUGUGCUGUCAUACCUGUAAAUUCAACCCUGCUAAGAAAUCUGUGUGCAUCUGUCUUUUUUUAUGAAAAGCAGAGUGUAUUCCCUCAUACAAAGAGAUUUUGGACACUUAGCAGUCAAGUAAUGAUUUUGUUACGUUGUCAACUCAGCAGAAAAACAUUGACCAGGAAGAAGCUGUGUGAUCUCUCGCAUCAACAUUUUCCUUUCCUACUCGGAGGAGAUCUCUUUCUUUCUUGCCUAGUACAAGAAAUUGGUUAUGUUAAGAAAAUUUUGAUGAAUAAAAUGAAUUUUUUUGUGCUUUUUUUCCUUCUUUGGUAGGGCAGGCAGAACAUCUGUAUUCUCUUCUAAAACCUGGCAUGUGCUAUGCUUCUUAGAGAUGCACACAUCAUUUUUUAAUGAAGAUUGUUUAUUACUGUUGUAUGAAACACUGACAAUACGAAGCUUUCUUCUGGUUACUUCAAUCAAUGCCCUCUUAAAAUUGGCUUGUAGUUUAGUACUUCCCUCUCCUUUGUUUGCCACCGGUGGCCGUGGAUAGAUGGCAGUGGGUUUAAUGAGCAGAACUGAUGUGGGACUGGGUUUAGUGGGGGCGGGAGGUUGCCUCCCUCCCUCUGCCUGUAAGGGAUCUUUCAUUGUUCAUCACCACACCUGUGAGAUAGGGACCCUGGGACGAAGUCUUACUGUCCAGCAAUGCUCUCACUUGGAAUUUAAUAAACACUUCUGCUGUCACACCUUAAACCAUCUGAGCUCUUUUCUGUUGUACGUGCGAUCAAAUAUUUAUUCCCAAACGCUGUACAUCAGAAAGUGCUGCCUUGGAGUAGCGGAGAUCAGUUAUUCAGGUAGUAAAGAUGUGUGAAUGCAGCUGGCAGAUGAAGUCACCAACAUUAUGAAUUCCCAGGCUGCCCUUAUUGCCACAGGCAAUAACUGACAGGCCUGAGCGGCCGGCGGUUUCCCGUUACGGGUGCUGGUAGGGCCCGAGGAUCCCGGUGUCACGGAUACUUGAGCUGCCCUGCUUGAGUGGAGCCGGCCAGCGCUGCGGGGCCUCGCACAGAGAGCUGUAACCGAUCCGGUCUGGAAUCCUUGACCCGAACCUGUAAUUACCUGGAUGGUAUAAAGGUGGAUUGUUGUUUCAGAUAGAGAUUGCGCUCAGAUCCUCCGAGCAUAAUGCUGAGCUUUGAAGCCAGGGAAGAGCUUUGGCCCUUGGUCUGUUCUUCACAGCAAUCGAGAGGUUUUAAUAAUGGUCAUAUAACAUGCUGUUCUUAGGGGGCAUCACCUGUGCAGUAACAGAACACAUGCCCAGCACUGAUGUGUUGUUCCUCUGCACUCUGUCAGCUUAAAUUUAAAUGUGUUGAAGUUAUGUUUCUUUCCUGUAACAGCUUCCAAGCAAAUUAUACUAAUGAGAUACCUAUUUAAAAUACUUAGUAUGUUUCUCAUUUGAAAAGUGUUUUUUGGAGUAUUUCCAGGAUAAUUUAUACAGUUUGGGAUAUGCUCAGGUUUUCUUUUAGUGAUGAAAUAUCACACGCCUGCAUGUGUGUGUGCUUCCUCCAUCCUAUUUGGCUGCCUUGCUAGGUAAGUGUGUGUGCGUGUGUGUGUGUGUGAGAGAGAGAGCUGAACAGUACAGAAUGCUGGUACUUAGAUUUUUUUCAACUAGAUCUAGUUCAUCUAAUUUGAGAAAAUGUUAUCUGAUGAUUUCUGAAGAGGGCCUUAAGACUGAAGCGAAUUCAUCAGGCUCCAAGAUGCCAAUGCAGUAUACAUGAUUGCAUCUAGCAACAGCUAUGCCCUAUAGACUAUGAAGAUGUGAAGAGAAAUUAAAACGACCUGACACUACUGACUGGGCACUUGCUUCUGGAUCGUUGCCUGGCUUGGGAAAAGACUCAGCUGCAGGGAUACAUGGAGUAGCAUUAAUGUCUUGAAACACUGGUGGGUGUUUACUGCAGGCAGGAGGAGUAUACUGAAGAGGAAGUGCAUGGGACAGUGAGCAGCAGCAAAUUAGUUCUGUAGUAAUUUAUUUUUGUCCCUCUGAUGGUAUAGGUAGGUUUGCCUGCUGUUUGCUCUGUGCAGCUUGGUGCGGCACUCUGCCCACUCUGCAGUGACAGGGAAGGCUGCUGAUCCUCAUCCCAGACUGCCUUGGGUUUUGCUGAGGAGCCUGGUGGCAACUAAAGCAGUUCAUCUCUUCUAAGGUGGUUGUGCUUUGACAGGUAUGUGUCCAAUAGACAAAACGAAUGGAAAAAUCACAGAGGAUUCUCCCAAACAAUAGACGUAGUGCUUUCCAUGUUGCUGUCAUGGCUGGAUGGUAACGUAACUGUGACCUAAGCAGCAUACAGACCAGGUACUGGGUAAUGAGUUUUCUUCACAUGCAGAGAUGAGUCACAGUGAGGCCUCCAGGGGUUACGUUAAUGGUCAUUGGUGCAGUCCUCUGCUGCUCAAAGACAGUUGUUCUCGUGUCACACAACCUGCUUGAUGCGUGUUCCAGUGGUCCAUUAAUGCAGACAGCAGAGUGUCUUAUUGCUUAAGUGUUACAUACUGACUUCCAGCUGGGAAAGCCACCUUCAGUUCAUAUAAUGGCUUGUCAGCUGAAAAAUAGCAGUGUGCUAGAGCAUGCUCUAUUCCAAGCAUGUAAGUGCUUCUUGUUUAUCUAUGGGGAAAAAAAUCCAAAAUGCACAGUGGUAUUUUGCAUAUCAGUAGCUAAAGCACACUCAUUCGAAAUAUUAGUUUGCCUUAUAUACCCUUUUAUUGUCCUUCAUUAACAGUUGUUGUUAGUGUUUUGCGUAGAUAGCUUUAAAGCUCAGAGUAAGUGGAAAGUGUUGAUUCUAAUCAUAUCUGACACCACAAUCUUCUGUGGAACAACACAUGAGCUGAGAGUCCCGAUGGGCUCCUGCAGGAUACAAUAUUUAUUAUAGCUUGAGAUCUGAGAGCUCCUAGCUACUGUUCAACUUACUACAGACCCACAAACCUCAGUGUCUGUGCUUGUGUUUUUAUAGCUUGCACAGAAAUAACGCACUGUGCAGUGUUGGCAAAGAGGCACUGAUAUUUCUGUUCCUUUUAUACAGUGCUUAGAGAGGUAAUUGUAUGAAUCUUAAUAUUUUUAUAAGUUAGUGUUGUAUUACGUGCUCAACUAUUAAUCUUGAGUGUUUGAAAUGUUCUUAAAACGUUAUUAGAUGUGCAAGUUAAAAGGCCAUCCAUUUGCAAAUGAAUUUUAGAGUCAGGAUUUUUCAUGCAGAGUUUUUGUUUAGGAAGUUGUCCAGUUCAUGAUAAGGAGGAAGCGCACAGAGCAUCAGCCCCUGUCCUCAGGGCUCUGUGGGUGCUUCUUUUUGUCUUUCAGCUUCCCCUGCCUAUCAGACACCCAGAGGCUUCAUGUCCACAGCCCUGUAGCACAGCACCUGCCUCAGCAUUGUAUUGUGUUGGUCAUUUCAGAGUAACUGAACCUGUAGGCGUAUGAAGCAGUCUAGAAAAAUGCUUUUGGGGGUUUAUUUUUUUAAAGAGGAUUGGGAGUGGUGGGGCAGCUGCUGAGCAGUGUCUCCUCGUUUCAUACUGGUUCCUAAUUUUUUUUUUCUUUUCAGCUCACUUCAUUAGAAGGCAAAAAGGCACCAAUUUUCACCAUUGUUAAUCCAAAAUUAGCUAUUGUUCAUUGGAGUGUAAUGUGGAUGAGCGAGCAGAAGCAUGCCAUCAGUUGAGAUAUAUGCCAUGUAAAACUGAGCUGUUUGGUGUGAUAAAGUAGUCAGGUGUUUGGUGUGUCCUCAACGUGGAGUUUAAUACUUUGAGAGUGUGUUAAUCACUGCCUCCUCACUGUCCUCUCCUUGCAGGAGCAGGGCUGUCCUCUGUUGCGAAUAAAUAUUUAUAUCUAGGUAGAAAUACAGUCAGUUGAUAUGUACUUGUAUAUACGUUUUAUUGCCUCAGUGACGUAAGGAGUGAAAAAACAGAUGGAAAAUAUUUUGUUUCUCUUAAUUACCCAAUGCUGUGAAAUACCCAUCGGCUUGCAGCCGCCUUGGCUCCUCCUCCUGUCUUGGCCUCCAUCCCUGGCGUGAUCCCAGCCCAUUUUUAAUAGUUCUUUAUCCGCUGCUUGUGCUGCAUUUAACUUUCACUUUUUAUUAGAACAAAAGCUAAAUUGGGUGCUGGUUAGCAGCAGGGCUAUGGGUGAAGAGCUGCAAAAAGCCAGAGCUGGUGCCAACAAGCGGCUGCUGCGAAGGGUGGCCAGCAUGGGGUGAGCUGGGAAAGGGGCCCUGGUGAGUCCCUGUCCUCGGCCUGUCCCCAUCCCCAGGCACUGCUGAGUGCUGGGGAUGGCCUGCCCAGGGCUGGCCUGCUGUGAAAAGGACACGGAGUGCUGGAGGGAGCAUGUAAAGCCAAGUACUGCAUGCACGUACAUAAACCGUGUGGUACUGUUCCCCUUGUAAAGGUGAAAACAAGCAGGUCACAGUUAGUAAAUGACAGAAAGCAGACUUGGGAUUAUUCACAUCAUUAGCACAGGAUUUCUCCAGAUAAGAGAAGUGGGAUAUGAGCCUCUACUGCCCCGAGGCUGUCUUUGGUUUGCUGCACGGGGCGUCGUCCUUUAAAAUGGAGCAAGAACAGGAAAAAGAAAAAGGUGGUAAUAUGUCUAACAUAUGGUUUUCACUGGACUUUGGCCACAGAUUUUAAGGCCUUGGAGUGGAUUCCUCGUGUCUUCAUGUGCUAUCCCAAAACCAACACAAAAGCCAUUCCAAAUACGUUUUAUAAGCUCUGUGAUUGUAAUAGUCCUCCUAUCCAAAAUCCCAUGUCCCCGGGUCAAGUGGGGCGCAGGCCCUUCUUUUCCACAAUCCAGCCUUGCUAAGUCUCUUUGCCUGGUCUUUUCCUCCUGCAGCGACAGGCAGCCAUUUGUGUCCGAUGUGCAGAGUAGCUGUGGGGCUGUCCAGCACAGCUGCUUUCCCUUGAGCUCACAUCUGCUCAGAGCGAGUGGGACCUCCAUGUGCUCACUUACCCAGGCUUUUGUCCCAGAUGCAGCUGGUCCUGGCUGUGCACAACCCACCUGUAUUUCUGGAUAAUUCAUAGUAUUUGCUAGGCAGUGGCACAGAGGCCCAGUGCUUGCUCAUGAGUACCUGAUUGGGUUUGUGCAUUAGUUUUGAUGACCAACUGCUGUCAUGGUCUUCGUUUUACUUUUCCAGUUGCUGAUUUAUAGUACCAUUAAUGAGAGAAUAAUGCAGUGCAGGAAAUGCACGCUCUGCAGUUCAUUGCCUCUUGUUGUUAGGACUCUGGUUUCUGGUCCUGACUGGUACCACUGCAGCAAACGAAGCCUCUGGGAAGAUUGAAGCAGUAGAAGGCACAGAUGCAGUAAGAUCUUGCCAGCUCUUCACGUCUUUAUCUGUAUUAUUGAGCGAUUCACUUAGUGUUACACAGUUUGACCAUCACUUAAAAUAUGCUUUGGAAGUACAACAUUCUCUGAAUAUAUUAGUGAUUGAACUUUAAAUUUUGUAAUUGACCAUAGUCAUCUACAAGGCUGUUUGUGUUCUUUGUGAUAUUUUUUUAACAGACUGAAAGUUGCCAUGAAGGAGAGCAAAGGAGAUGCUGUUGUGCUAGUCUUUGGUUUAUGUGUUUUUUUUCUCCUUCUUGAGUCUUAAAAAAGCAAGCAACCAACCAAUCAAGAAAACCAACCCAGCAGCAAACAGUAUGCAGUGAAGGACUUGCGUGGAAGGACGUUUUACCACUGAAGUUAGAUAAAAAAUUGACUAUAUCAUAAGCGAACCAUUUCCCCCUUGAUUUGUGUCCAAAAUAUGAGGAAAAACAUUGCAGAUGCAUUAUGCAUUUUACAAAAGAACAUAUGCAUGCAUUUAAAUCAUUUACAUUUCAUCUUUGCUUUCUCUUAUUUUUAACCCAUAUUACAGUGAGUGACAGCAUGUUUGGAAAACUGAGGCUGAAAGCAGAGCUUAAACUUUCAUGCCCAAUAAGCUGAACUGCAAGCAGUGCUUCACUAUUUCAUGAUUUUAUUUCAAAGUUUUGCUUUCUCUCCACUGAAACAUGUGACCGAAACUUUGAGAGUCUGUGGCUUGUAAAAAAAGAUGAUGUGUGCAUGGUACGUGCUGGUCCUACAGAGCCUGCGAAGCAGGAGCUCGUCCUUGCUGAAGGAAAAUACGUAAGCAUAUGUCUAAAGAUGUUCUGAAUCAGGGCUCAGUGAGGCUAUUAUGGUUCAGUUGUUAGUAUCGAGCCCUCCUCAUGCUAUAAAAUCCUUUUCAGAAGGGGGAUGAGGAAGGCAGCAGCUCUGUGAUGCAGCACCCCAGCAUGGCUGGUUUCCAGCAGUGCCCUGCUGUGCAUUCAGGCAGGAGCUUCUGACUGCCCUGCUUACAUAGCUGGUAGGUGAAAAAGAAUUGGAAUCAUGGACGUGGUGUUUUGGUUAAUGGCAUCAGCAGGCACCACUUCCCCCAUUGCUAUGAGCAGACAAAUAAAAAUCAGCUCUGCUGGCCUGAUUGUAGCAUUUAAUCACACUUCAGUGCAAGACCAUGCAUGCCACGAAGUGCUGAAGGUGUGCUCUGCAGCAGUGCGGUGCGAGGAGUGCUGGUAUGUGGGCUGGCUGGCAGCCUGCAGGCAGGUGAGGGUGGGCACAUGGCCGUGUGCAGGCAGUGCUCACUGCUGCCCUGUGGCCUGCCCUGCAGUCUGGCCCAUGAUCUCCUGCCCUGGCUCCUUGCAGAGCUGUGCGGAUGGAACAGCAGCACUGUGCCAGGACUGGUGUUCAGUGAGUCUGGCAUCUAUGGAAGUUGUGUGUUUGAUAAUGUAGAUGUUAAAGUUAGACAUUUACAUACCUCCUGACACUUGUUGAAAUUUUUACUCAUUGUUCUCACCUUCUUGUGAAGAGUCAAACUCAGAGUUCUGAGUGACUGUUUUUCUAGUAAAGGGUUGAUUUGUAAUUGUGGGCAUGAUUGGGAGGACCUGUAACUUGCUUGUGUAUCCAUCCUUCCGCUCUUAAAGCCAGGACAUGAAAAUAGAGAGUUUAAAAAGAUAUUGCUGAUACUGAAGCAAUUAUAUUUGGAGAACAUACGCUUUGGUUUUACAUUUCUGGCUCUAAAAGGUGACAUUUCCUGUGUUUGUCAUUUAAUUUAACAUUCUAUAUAUUUUUAAACGGCUUUAUGAUUUGAAAUCUCCAGAUGCAAUGCUUUAUGCUAAAUGAGGUUGACAGUUCAGUGAUGUGGAAGGCCAUUAUCUCACCUUUGUGCUUCUAAACUAUAGCCACUUGCUUUUGCCUGUUCAUAAUGCAUCUAUUGCAUUACCGCAUAGGAAUUUUUAACACCUAUUGAAAGCAUUAAUUAAGUAUGCCAUACUGAUGAGCACUUUAAGACGAGCAAAAAGCCAGAACUGAUCAUGUUCUUCAAGUUUGUUUUUCUCCUGUUGCUUGCAGUGGGAAUCAU